AUGCGCACAUUACGUAACUUAGCGUGUGAGCAUAGCGACCGCUUUCCUGAGGCUUCUAAACUGGUAGAAACUCAAUUUUUUAUGGACGACUUCGUCUAUUCGGUUCCUGAUGAACAGAUUGCGUCGCAAUUGUCUCGCGACUUAAUUAAUUUAUUAAAAUUAGGCUCCUUUGACCUUGUCAAGUGGGCCACUAAUUCACCCGCUCUAUUAGGGGUUCUUCCCGAAUCCCACCGCCUACCAGUAAAUUUUUCUGGUAUGAAUAAUGAAAUUAAUAAUUUUAAAAUUUUAGGUUUGUCAUGGGAUCCCGCUGAUGAUUUAUUUUCUUUAACUACUGUCCCUGUAGACCAUAAAUACACGAAGCGUGCGAUUCUAUCGCUGGUUGCUCGCUUAUUUGAUGUACUUGGUCUAGUGGCUCCCGUAGUGCUCUACGCAAAAAUUCUUAUUAAAGAACUGUGGCUAGUGCAGAACAUUCAUUUUUCUAACGAAUUACAUUUAAUUAAAACCGGCGAACUUCUGUCUAAGAAUUUGCAGGUUAGGCAUAAAUGGUGUACACCCGAGCACCCCAUACAGAUAGGCACAGUCGUUCUUUGGGGACAAGAUAACGUGCCGCCUUUAACGUGGCCUCUAGGCAUUAUUACUGAGGUUUUUCCGGGAUCGGAUGGGGUAGUUCGAGUGGCUUCAGUAAAAACCGCGUCAGCUAGAAAUGAUUCGACUGAAGAUAAAUCUAACAACUCACGGAAAACUUCACUGCUCACUAUUAUUGAUCCUAGUCAACUUGUCGAUACACAGGCGCUUCCUCCUUGUCCUGAUAGUCUUCCAAUAUCUAAAAGCUCUAGUGUCAUUAAUAGUAACAUAAGUAAAUCUGUAUCACCAGAUCAUAUAUCAAGUCCAUCAAUCUGCGAACAGGUGGCUUUCGAUUAUACCAUGAACGAUAAAGUUUUGGUCCGUUAUUACACUAAGAACAUCGUAUGGAAAUACUACGUUGGUGUGGUGACAGCUUGUAAUAAUCAAACCUAUGAUACCGCAUUUUACACUACAACACGUAGUAAAGGCGAGCUAAAAUUUAAAAACCCAAAGAAAAUUGACAGAGAUACUGUACCAAAACAGUUGCUAGUCAAGAUUAUAAAAAUCUUUAAAAUAUCUGAUAAGCCAGAAGAGUAUAAGUUGCAUGACCAAGAAGAUGAAAUUUAUUUCUGC